AUGGGAAAGAAGACGGUGGCUGAGUGCAAUGAUUUGUUUGAGAGUUUUGCCCACUCCGAUAUGGACUACAGUACUACCAGCAGGACUUCCAUUCCUGUGCGUACCACCUCGGCCGGUCGAGGGGUAAACCAAGUUAGGUUGGACCCAUCGGUAACUGCUGUAGUUGAGAAUUUGAGGCAGGAGUUGAGGCAGGAGAUGAGGCAGGAGUUGAGUGAGAUAAAGAAGAAAGUUGAUAGGUGUGAGGUUUGCCGAGGAGGGCAUGAUACUAUAGAUUGUCCUACCAUCACUCUUGAGCAGUGGCAAUUCGAGUGGUUAUCGUCGUCUGGAAAUCCUCCUGGAUUUCCAUCUGGUCAGUAUCAGAGUAGAGGGCCCAGUAUGUACACGAGUUCUAGUUCAGGGCAGUUUAGUGGGUCAGGUUCGAGUGGGCAGUUUUCGAGUGGAGGACCGACUCAGGAGAGUCAAGGCAGUGGAAAGGCUCCUGAGGUUAGUACGAACAGGUUGGAGGAGAUGUUUGCCCAGAUGAUGACACGGACCCAGGCAUUCAUGAAAAAUCAGGAGCAGACUAACAAAAAUCACGAACUUCAGCUCAAGAGUCAGCAGGCCACUCUUCUCGAUCUUCAGAGAACAGUAGACGGGCUUGCUAAGCAGUUACAGGAGCACCCACCGGGUCAGUUUUCAGGAAACACUUUCCCGAAUCCCGCGAAUCAGUCCGCGAAGGCGAUUACGACCCGUAGUGGGAAGAGUUUGGGAGAGGUUGUGAGAGAAGGAGUUGAGGAAGAAGUUGAUGAGGAGAUCGAGAUGGAGGCUCCAGGCAAGCAGAAAUAUGCUCAGGAGUACGGGAAAUUCCUCGAGUUGUUUACUCAGUUGAAGAUCAAUCUUCCGUUCAUCGAGGCACUUCAGUCUAUGCCUAAGUAUGCGAAAUUUCUCAAAGAUCUUUUGAAGCGUAAGGAGAGAAUCGGUGAGCUUUCGAAUAUUCCGUUGACAGGGGGUUGUUCCGCUGUAGUCUUGAAUAAGCUACCAGAGAAGUUGACCGACCCGGGUACUUUCACGAUUCCAUGUUUCUUUGGGGGAGCCGUUACCCCUGCUCACGCCUUAGCCUAUUUAGGGGCCAGCAUCAAUCUGAUGCCAUUUUCGUUGUAUGAGCGACUUGGUCUAGGAGAGCUUACACCCACGCGCAUGUCAUUGUCCUUGGCUGAUCGAUCAGUCAAGUAUCCUCGUGGGAUAGUAGAGAAUUUGUUGGUGAAGGUUGAUAGGUUUAUGUUCCCAGUGGAUUUCGUUGUGCUCGAUAUGGAGGCCGAUGAGAGAGUUCCUAUUAUUCUAGGCCGUCCAUUUCUUCGAACCGCAAAGGCGAUCAUUGACGUCUUUGACAGUAAGAUUUCUCUUCGUGCGGGUGACGAGAUUGUCACAUUCGAGAUUGAUAGAGCGAUGCAGCAUCCUAGCGGUCGUGAUGAUGACAGUGGGCCGUGUCAUUCCGUUUACUUUCUCAAUUCAUUCAUAUCUUGCGUCGACACGUGUCUUGAGUACAUUAGUGGAGCCGAUUUAGUAGGCGAGGGAGUUGUUGGCGAGCAUUCUGAGGGUGAAGUUGAUGAGGUAGAGGAGGAGCAGUUGGAUAAGAGUGAUGAGUUGAGUGCUGAGCCGUGA